GAAAAUACAUAUGAGAUAAGUAAAGAAGAUACAUGUGGGAUAAGUAAAGAAGAUAGAUAUGAAAUGAGUGAAGAAGAUACAUGUGGGAUAAGUAAAGAAGAGACAUAUGAGAUAAGUGAAGAAGAUACAUGUGGGAUAAGUAAAGAAGAUACAUGUGAAAUAAGUAAGGAAGAUACAUGGGAAAUAAAUAAAGAAGAUAUAUGUGAAACAAGUAGAGAAGAUACAUGUAAGAUAAGUAAGGAAAAUACAUGUGAAAUAAGUGAAAAAGAUACAUGUAAAACAAAAAAGAUACACAUGAAACAAGUAGAGAAGAUACAUGUAAGAUAA